AAGAAAGCGCACAGAGACAGCGAGACCAGACAGCGAGACAGACAGACCAGUCGCGAGGGGACGACACCUGCCACGACCUCUUCUUCUUCCUCUUCACCUCCUUUGCCUUCCAUUCGACUGUACACCACCUUGUGUCCGCCGCCAUGUUGUUCUCCACCACCGCCCUGCUCGGACUGCUCACCUCCUACGCUUCGGCCACCGCCCUGACCUACAAAUUCAACCCGAACGAGCACGAGUGCUUCUACGCCCAGGUGGACGAGGCGAAUGCCAAGAUUGCUUUCUACUUCGCUGUGCAGAGUGGCGGCGACUUUGACAUCGACUACUCCGUCUUUGGCCCAGAAGAGCAGCCCGGCAAGGAUAAGACCAUUCUCAGCGGCACCAAAGAACGACAGGGCGACUUUAUCUUCACGGCAACCAAGACGGGCGAGUAUCGCUUCUGCUUUGCCAAUGUCUUUUCCACCUUUUCCGACAAGGUCGUAGACUUUGAUAUUUCAGUCGAGAACGAGCCUCGAGCCAACCUACCGACCAAGGGCGGCGCCUCUGUCGAACAGCUAAGCAGUGUCGAAGAGACCAUCAUGAAGCUUUCUGGCCAAGUCUCUACCCUCAACAGACAGCAAAAGUACUUCCGAACGCGCGAGAACCGAAACUUCAGCACGGUCAGGAGCACAGAAAAGAGAAUCUUCAACAUGAAUGUGAUGGAAACGAUAUUCAUGAUCGCCAUGGCAGGGUUACAGGUCUUCAUUGUGAAGAUGUUCUUCACUGGAGGUCGCAAGGGUUACGUGUAAAUGGAGAGAUGCAGGCACAUACUCGACAGGAAUACCGAAUAAUGAAAAGACAAACUCGAGCUCCAAUUGUGCGACUCUGUUACGACUGUCGGUCUAUAUUGCUGGGACCAGCAGCAUAGCGUCAGCGUUGAUUAUAUGCUGUAUACAGCGCCGCUUACAGAAUAUGUGUCCGCCGCGUAGAGAUGUAUUCAAGGAAUAGUGUCGUAGAUUGUCAUGUCACUUUUGCUUUCACGCUUGACUGUUGACCCAAGUCUAAGAGGUAUGUAGCUACAUGCACAUCCGUAAGAUUAAGUACGCAACAAAUA